UGUGUGUGUGUAACCCGUUGAUUUGGUCAUAAAAUUGAUGACAAUAGGGGUAAUAUACGUGGCAAGCAGCAGGCACACACACACACACAAGCACCCACAUCCAUUGCGAUUACCGGAAAGUGACCAUGCAGAGGAAUUUCGCCCUCUUCGCGCUGGAAUGUCGCCUCCGUCGCUGCCGCAACGCCGAUACAUUUCAUCAAAAUUCACACACACUCGACUUCAGUGCGCCGCCACAGUUACAGUAAGCGCAGUUUCGCAGACGCGGCUAUCACAUACUCAAGCAUUUCGGUGAGCGCCUCCCAGCGCAGAAGAUACAUACUUCCGAACACAUCCAAAAGCGGUGGCAGCAAGACAGAAGGAAAAGUAGAUAGAAGACAGCAACGCCUGCUUACCUGUACGCCUUGACUAAGAGUCUUGUUGGCUGCGCGAACGAGUCUCACGACGACGCACACCAACACCAUCGCGCCGGCAAACAGCACAUCAUAACUCACGGGCGUGCUGGCAGAGCACUCAGACGCAGACUCAGGUAAAAUAAACGUGCGAAGGCAGCCGGUUUUGAGCUGAGCGUGAGAAAAUACGUAAAGGAGCCGUCGUUUGUUCGUGUGCAAGUCGUGUGUGCUUGGCUUGCUGACUUCGUGCGCAUGCUCGUCAAACGGCGCUGUGACGAUCCUCGUCGUUCUAUUGGCAGCAACGCUUCGUAAGCACCGUUCGGCCAAAACGUAAGGAUCGUUCUGAGUGUGCGCUAUCCUGAUGAUCAGUAUCCUGCUGGAGUUGAACGCGCGUGGUCGUGUGUUGUGCGCGCUGCUUAAGAACUGCCAAAGUAUGCAAGCGACUAUUUCGAACUAAGCGAUUUGUUUACGAAUUUACGAAAGUUCGUUAAGUGUUUGCGAAUAAGAAAUCACCAAAAAUAAAAUAAUGAAAUGUUGAGGCACAACUGAUGGAUUGUUGAAAUAUAUUGAAGAUAUAUUGUGAAAUUUUGUGCAAUAAAAAGCAAAAUAUAAAAUAACACUGCGCUUAAGUCGCUUGUGUGUAGACCAAAGUUUUCUGUUAAGUGUUGUGUUUUUGAAAAUAUUUAAUUUAACCCAUUUUAUGCUAAAUGUGUGCGCAUGCGUUAGAAAAUAUCAAACUUUUUUGUUGCUGUUGAAAGUGUUUUUUCGUUAACGAAACCGUUACAUUCUCUGGAUAAACAACAAACAACAACUUGCAAAUAUUGAAACUACAAAAAUGGAUUACAAAAACGAUUUUAAUUCGGACGACGAUUUCGACUGCUCCAACGGUUACAGCGACAGCUAUAACGGUGCAAGCGGCAAUGGACAGGGUCAAUCCAAUCCGCAUGGGCUUUCGAAAGCUGAGUUGAGAAAGACAAACAAACCAAUUAUGGAGAAGAGACGGCGUGCGCGCAUAAAUCACUGCCUGAACGAACUGAAAUCACUAAUAUUGGAAGCGAUGAAGAAAGACCCCGCACGUCACACCAAACUGGAGAAGGCCGACAUUCUGGAGAUGACCGUUAAGCAUCUGCAAUCAGUUCAGCGGCAACAGCUCAACAUGGCCAUUCAAACUGAUCCCACGGUAGUGCACAAAUUCAAGACCGGCUUCAUUGAAUGCGCCGAGGAGGUCAAUCGCUAUAUUAACCAAUUGGACGGCGUUGAUGUCAUGGUGAGGCAGCGUCUUUCCAACCAUCUCAACAACUGCGCCAGCAACUUGGAACAAAUUGGCUCGAUGAGCAACUUCAAUAAUGGUUAUCGCGGCCAACUAGGCAUGGGCAUGUCUGCGUCGAGCAGUCUCUUCGGUGCCGCAUUGUCCGCUAAUCCACUGGCAAUGGCUACUGCCGACGCGCCUGCACCGCUAUUUCCGCCGAUGCCACAGCCACAAGACUUGAACAACAAUAACAACAAUGGCAACAAUGGCAGCUUCGGCAGCAACCUCAGCGCCGCAGCAGCAACGGCCAUGCCACCAGUGCAAAUGGGUGGCGUUCAAUUGAUACCGUCGCGUUUGCCAUCCGGCGAAUUCGCGCUCAUUAUGCCGACGUCCGCGCAUGCGAAUAUUAUGAGCAACAACAACAAUGCAGCACCAUUUGCCAACUUCCCGCAAGGCAGAAACGCCAGCACAGCAACAUCCCCAAUUACUGCAGCAGUCUCGGCAGCGCCUGCGGCUAUGCCGCCAACAAGCGUGCCCAUCAACGACUUUGCGGCGAAUUACAAGCGUUUGAGCGCUUUCAGCAGACCGCCAGUCGCGCCUACGCAGCUACAAGUGAAUGUGGCAGCCGCCGUUAGUGGCGCCCAACUGAAUGGUAAUGCCGGCUUCUUGGCCACAAACGUGCUGCAGACACAGCAACAGCAACAACGCGCUGCACCGUCGCAUCAACUGCAUCAUCAGAGCUCCACUGCCACCAACAGCCCACCGCUCAGCCCCAUCUCAUCGGUGUCCAGCCAGGGCGAAGACUCACUGAUGCACACCAGCUCCGACUUCACCGGCUCACGACCAGCCACUCCACCACUCGACGUGACCGGCGACCAUACGCAGGAGCACAGCUUCUCCGGCGUAUUCUCGACACCAACCAGCGCCGAGUCAUCGCUGCUGACCUGCUCCACCGCAUCGCUCUCAUCAGUGCCCAGCAGCACUGCCAAAUUGUCGUUGCAUUUGCAACAGCAACAGGUGUCCUCCACCAGCGGCAGUGCCGCCAACAGUUGUAACACCAGCAGUGACAGUGGCGUCGAAUUCGCUGCGAACGUUUCAUUGAAACGCUCACUGGACGACGAAGCGGACUCGAGCGAUGCGUGCGAGACCCCAGCAAGCAAACGCAUCGCUUUGGAAUCGCAUAAACACAGCGCGGUGUCCACGGACGUCGCUCUGGUCAAGCAAAAGUACAAAUUGCAGGAGCUGAAAGAGGACGGCGAUAACAUGUGGCGACCCUGGUGAUGCGCUGAACUGGUCGACUUUGACAGGCGCAAAGUGCGAUUUCGAGACGGCAAAGCUGCGGUGCUGUGUGCUUCAUGCGACAAAGCGUUCAGCUAUUCUUGCGGAAUAGCUGGCCAACUUAACGGCUUAUUGAUGAAAGCGAAGUUUUUUAACGAGAUUUUUCAGUGCAACAACAACUAUUUUGUUUCUGUUCACAAUGUCAAUGUUAAGUUUUAAGGUUUUUCUUUGUCUCUUUCAUAUUUGAUAUUUGUUUUUGUAUGUUUUGUACAUUUAUUAGUGUUUUGUAUAUGACUUUUGAGAUGGAACACUGCAAACUCGCAUUUAGUCGUUAAGCAGACGCUUCAUUUUGGUUAUUCCAUUAGUAAGAUGCCUAUGUAAUCCUACUCCUAUGUACAUAUAUAUAUAUAUAAUGCCAUCGCUUACAUAACCACUUUAACAUUUGCAUAUUUCGUUUUGUCUUUGUUUUUGUGUUUGUUUCAAUAAUGAAGCGUUUAUGUAGUUAUGCUCGUCUAAGUUUGUUCAAUUUUGUCAUAUGUUUAUGUAUAUAUAUAUAUAUUUAAUAUUUAAUGGAUAUUUUCGAUUUGAUGUUUUCAUUGACUAGUAAUACCAAACAAGUGAAAUAUCUACAGUUUUAUUUAGCGUUUCUGUUCGUUUGUUUUAUGUUUAGUCUGAAGAUCGGGAAUAAGAUCAAGAGUUGAAAAAAACAUAUUGAGUGUGUGUAUUCUUGUAACAUUGAGUAUUGAAUUCCGUUAGAGAGACAUGCAAAUUGUAUUUGUAAAAAAAAAAAAAUUAGAAAACAUUUUUGUACAGAAAAUAUGAUAUAAAGCAUAUAAAAAUGUUUGUUUGACGAUGUUUACACGCAUAUUUAUAUAAUUCUUAGCACUGUACGAAUGAUGAUGUAAACCAAAAGCGGAAAUAAAUU